AUGGCGUAUCUGCCCCUGAGGUCACAAACCGCUAAGCUGGAGUUACAGAAGACUGAACAGGAGAAGCAGAAGAUCGAGGGGGAGAUACAGAAGACUGAACUGGAGAAGCAGAAGACUGAACUGGAGAAGCAGAAGACUGAGGGGGACAAGUUAAAGCAACAACUUCAAGUACAAGCAGCAGAGCUGAUCACUGUGAAAGCCAGGUCAAAUGUCACAGAAAACCAGGUGGAGGCUCUGAAGAGAGACGGAGAAGUCAAACAGGUGGCUUUCUCAGCCUCUCUGUUGGCUUCAGGCACAGAAACAAUCGGACCAUUUAACACUGAAUCUAAUCUGGUCUUCAGAUACGUCUUCUCAAACAUUGGGAAUGCCUACAACCCAAACACAGGUUUUUUCAUUGCACCAGUGAGAGGAGCCUACCACUUUGAGUUCUACGUAUACGGUCACGGUCAUCCGACACAUGCUUCAGGUGCUACGUUGUUCAAGAACGGAGAGAGAGUUUGUAUUGCAUAUGAACAUCAGACUUCAGGUACGGUAAAAUCUUCUAAUGGUGCCACGCUGCUUCUGGAGGUCAGAGAUGUUGUGUUUUUGCGUUUGUGGGGAGACUGCAAGAUAUAUGACAAUGUACAUCGUCAUAGCACCUUUAGUGGUCAUCUACUUUUCACCAUGUGAAAAAAGAAACCGUUUUUAUUUUGUGUCAGUACUUGUUGAAAAAGGUGUAAUUUGUUUUUCCUUAAUAUGAACACUGUACAAUACACUUUUUAAUCAAAAAUAUGUGUGCAUUUUUUGUUCAGUUUUGUUGAGGGAUUUGCAUGAAAUACACAGUGAUAA